AUGUUUUCUUUUGAUGGACAGUACAAAAGGAGGAGGGCUGUUUCACUGGGAGGUGCAAGUAAAAAGGUAAUUUUCCCGUUGUUUUUGUAAUUGCAAAUAAGAAAGAGAGUAUUGAGUUUAUUAGCAAAAAAUUGUAAAUGUGAAUUGUGAUGGAAUCAUUCUGCUCUGUGGUUGAACUUCCCUUUAAGUCUUUUUGUUGCUGAAAGAGAUUAUGGGAUAUGAUGAGUAAUGAUUAAGAGAACAUUUUUGAAGACCGAGGAAUAUUGUAUGGUGAUGUGGUUGUGCAUGUGUUCCGCUACAUUAUAAGCUGAAUUGUACACACAUUUUGGUUGUUUCUUACUUAUGAUCUACUGGAGGACAGACGCAUGGAUGGUAUCACCAUUAAAUAACUUUUUACCUUUUACUUCUUCUUGUCCAGAAAUUUAGAAUUACUUGCUGUAAACAUUUCUUUAUUGUUUCACACUUAGUCCCGGGCAACCGGAAACUCGUUGUUAAUUCAAGGUCCCCGGAAAACAGACAGCCGUCGUUUCCCCCUUCUCUCCCCUCCCCCAGCAAAUAACAUAUGCGAGUGUUACUGAGGUAUUGACCAAUCAAAUCGUCGUUACUGCGCAUAAAUUAUGCUUCCCGAGGGUGGGAUAGACGGAUACGAAUAUGUUCUUGCAUCAUGAAGGUAGCAUAAACAUGCAAGGUGACAGCGAGAGCAGUAUCUGAUAAAGAAACGAUUGAGCAAUUUCGUCCGUGAGUGUGUAAAACCACUUAGUUUAUUAUCAACUUGGAGUCGAUAAAGCAAAGAAACUUCCUACGUGGUGGCUAUUUGCUUUAUCAGCUCUAAAUUGACAAUAACCUGAGUGAAAAAAUUGCGAGGCGCGUAGAUCCUUUAGAAAUUAGUUUCGACGAAUACAGGGCGAUUUUUGGCGAUUCAGAUGAAGAAGGUACCGAAGAUAUUGAGGGAGAUGGUUUUGAUAUUGAUUUUUCGGGUAUUGACGAGGAUGGCGAGGAAAGCGAUGAAGAAGCGGACGGUGAAAGUGGCAACAAAGGAGCCUCUGACAGCGACGAUGAAAAAGAACAACAAUGAACAGCUGACCUCAGUAGCAUCGUUGUUGACGAAUUUUCAGCUCGAUCUGGAAUCGUUGUCGACGUGGGAACCAACCCCAAAGCUGAUGAUUUUUUCGGUUUGAUGUUUGACGAGGUUCUUUUCGAGAAAAUCGUGAAGGAGACAAACCGCUAUGCUCGCCAAAAAUUACCCGACAACGAGCAACGUCUUGGUAGAUGGCGCGAUGUUUCUAAACCCGAAGUGAAAGCUUACUUUGGAAUGUGCGUCAUCAUGGGUAUUAAUAUUCUUCUCAUGGUCGCCGACUACUGGUCGACAGACAUUUUUAAGUGCAAUGAAGGAAUAAAGAGAGUCAUGCCUAAGAACCAAUUCGAAGUAAUUAGCCAAUUUUUGCAUCUAAAUGACUUGAGUUGGGAACCCGCGCGAGGAGAUGUAAAUUUCGACCGUCUGUACAAUGCCGUCCUGCUUUGAACGCCGUUUUAAGAAAUGUUCAACGCUGUUAUUUGGCCACGAAAAACCUUUCGGUUGACGUGGAGAUUAUAGCAUUUAAAGGCGAGCUAUCAUUCCGCCAAUAUUUACCGGCUAAACCGACAAAGUAUGGAAUUAAAUAAUGCUGAAGGAUAAGAAACCAGUGAAAACGAUAACAGACCCCUUUUCGGUUAGAGUUGGGAAAGCACCUAAUAAACAGCUACUCAUAUCGAAAGCGAGCUGCGAAUCGAGUAUCGGCAAGUUUGUUUGUUCAUUAGGGGGAUUAGUCAUGAUAGAUCUAACAAACAAUUAAUAAUUUGAUCAUCAGUACUGCUGGUAACACACCAUUUUGACAAUAGGGGGCUAUAUUCUUAAAAGUUUUACUACUGUUAUACAUGUAGGAAGGAAGGUCCUCCUUACUUCAAAGAGUUCGAGCAAGAAGAAAGGAAAGAGAGGUAAAGUAUAAGGAUAUUUGGUGAUUUUUUUCCCAGGAUUAUAGAUGUGCAAUGUCUUAGAUAAGAGAUUUAGAUAAUAAUUGUAUUUCUGUUUAUUGGAUCCUAGGAUAAGAAUUACACAACUAAUUGUGAUGCAACCACAGUUCAAUCUAUCUUCCGUGGAAAGAGGGUACGAUGUCAACAGGUAGGGCUUAUAAUCAGUUCUAAGUUUAUGUUAAUUAGUAUAAUUUGAUAUGUGAAAUUAAGUUAAAGCAGGAUUACAAGGAUCUCAAAAGAAUGCGAUCUUCUGUGCGCAUGUAGAAGUAUGAUUGACUGUGAUAUCUGUUUUUUAUCCCUUUCUUUUCUUUCAGUAUGAGCUUCAGAGAAUCUCAUUUGAUGAGGCAAUCAGCUCAUUAGAAGGAUCCAAAGAUACUCCAACAGCAGAUGCCAUUAGAAAUAUGCUAAGAAAGCUUCUUUUCUUUUAUUCUGACUCUAAGGAUACACAGAGACUGGUAAAAAAAAGUUGAUGCAUGAAACUCAAUUUGUUACAAUUAUCAUUAUGAAUUGAAGUAGAUCUAGACAUAUCUAGCCAUGUUCUUGAAAACUGAAUUAACCCUUAGCACCCAUCAGUGACCAAGACAGCAUUUCUCAUAACAAUACCAAUAGAAUAUCAGUCAGAAAAGUGUUAAGAAUGAUGAUGAAUAUCAAUUGGGAGAUUAUUAGUUGAUUCAAUACAAAAUUCUAAGAAAUGACAUUAGAAGAAUUGUAUAACAAACAGUUAAGAGAACUACUUAUGACAUCUUGCAAUGGAUAGUUAAAUGACACCAGUCAUAAGCAAUGUAAUCGUUUUCUUUUUUCUCCUUUAGAUUUGGAUGUGCCAGUUUCUGUUAGAGAAUAGAAACACUGUGCAAAAGUUACAAACAAGUGAUCAUCAAAUUUGGCUUCAUCAGAUCAAAUGCCUUCUCUUGAUCUGUGGCAGGUAAAUUAGAAUGUCCAUAUCUUUUCCUUUAAUUCCCUUUCUUCAUCUCUUUUUCAGAGUGCCAGCUGACUAAUUAAAUUAAUUUUAGGCUUAACUUUGAGAAUUAAGGUGACUUUUUGGUACAAAUUAAAUGCACAAGCCAUUUAGAAACUCAACUGUCAUUAUACAUGAACAUGGAGGUUUUUUGGCUAUUUUGGCUGAAAACUUUCCCUUCUAGUUCCUCUAAAAACUUUAUUAGAUGCUGUGCCAUACGUUGUAUAUGUUGAAGUUUCAAAAGCAGCAACCUGCUAUUGUUUACAAUUUGAACCCCUGAAAAAUAAAAGGUAAGAGAAAUAAGCAAUGGAUGUUGGUUGGUUUUGAGCCAUAAGAGAGGGUUAUGAUCAUCGACGUUGUACAAUAAAGAAAUGACUGGGCUUGCUCAGUGUAAUAAUUACAUUGGUUCUUCUAUAAACUAGUAAGCAUUUUCUUGCUUGGUUUAGUCAUCAUGGGCUUCUGCUGGGGUUUCAAUAAAAGCCACAUAACAAGAGUCUGCCGCUGCCUAUAGAACCUCUUACCAAGGUCUGUUUGGCCUGAAAGCAGACUCUGGUAUUUGGGUUUGGCCUUACAUCCCAUUUUCCAGGCAGAGGUAUUUUUUAUAUCAUUGGCAGCAGCUUAUGGAAAAAGUUAUUGGAACUCCUGGCUUCCCCUGAAAAUCAAGAACAAUUUCGAUUUCCAUUUAUUUGAAUAUUCUAACAGUAGUGAGUAAUGUUCAGACUGUAAUUGCUUCUUUGUAAAGACUCGUUUACUGAUAAGAUUUGAAUACAAAUUUCCUGUUUAGAAACUUUUUCUGAGCAUCUUUUCAUAGAAUUUUUACCUUUUCCCUCUCUUCAGCUUCUACAUUUAAAUAAUAUUUAAAUAAUAUUUGCACUGCAAAGGAAAUUCAGAGAAAUGAUGAAAGUUAUCUCCACAGAUCACUAGAGACGUCAAUGAGAGAUUCCCAACCUGUUCCUAUUCAGCUGCCUAUGUUGAAAGUUUUCACCUCUGAUAAACCAUACUAUAAUCCGACUGAUCCUGCCAGAAGUAGAAAAGAUGCUGCAAUGGUGACAGUUUACCUUGUGAGAAAUGGUAACUAUAACCCUCAGCAGUUUCUCACUGACUGUGUACCCCCUGUUAGAUGGGGUCUUUUAUCUCAGGACCUAUUUUCAUACAGUUCUUUACCAUUAUUGAGCUGGGUCCAGUUGUAUAAAGGCCAGAUAGCACUAUCCAAUGGAUAAAACGCCAUCCAGGGGAUAAGUGUUAACAAAACAUACUGUGCUAUUCACCAGAUAGAGAUUUAUCCAGUGGUUAGCAUUAUCCAUGUGUCAACCAACCAGGGCCUGAAGGGUAUCAUUUAUUUGUCAUGAGUGGGAUAUUAUCUAAAAAUCACUUCUAUGUUGACUUUCUGAAAUUCACCCUUUUUUGCAUGUGCAGCAUAUGUUUAAUUUCAUGUUUAGAUAGAGUUUAUUAAUGAUUGAAUAACUUGCUUAACCUUUUCACUCCCAUGAUUUCAUUAGUAAUUCUCCUUACUAUCUGCCAUACAAUUCCUAUGAUUUCAUUUCAGAGAGCUUGGUAUUGCAUCAACCGAUAAUCCCCUUAUUGAUAUUUUCCUUUGUUCUCAUCACUUGUCUGCUUGAGUUUUGAAUUUUACCAGGAGAAAUUACAUUUUGUAUGUAUGUCCUGGUCACUCAUGGGAGUUAAAGGGUUAACAUUAUUAAAUUAUUUUCUCUGUGUGUGUCAGUUUGUAUUUGUGUACAUGAAUGUAUGCAUAACUCCAUUAAUUUGUGUAGUCUGUUGAAGAUCCUUUCUAAAUAUUGUUACAUUUCAUGUACUCCAUUACCAGGAUAUUUUAGAUAUUUGCGUGUUCUGCUGAAUGCCAGAGUUCCAUCCAGCUUAGAGCCAUCUACUGUCUCCCCUACUCCAAUGGCUGCUGCUAUCAGAGACCUGGUGAUGAACCCACUUUACUUCAGCAGCCAGUCCAGUAGUGGAGAAGAAUCUGCAUUUACUGUAAAUGAUAGGUAAAUUAUAUUUUCCUCCUAUGCAUUUCUGUACUCUUUUUCUCUCCUUCCUGUCUCCAACUGAGAACUACCCAGCUUCUUCAAAUUGAUUUUAAUCUUGCUACUGGUUUCCUGCAUUUAUUUGGGAAAAUAUAAAAGUUCGCAAGUUUGCAAAAAAAUAAUGUUAUACAAAUGCUAUUGAGUUAACGUAGAUCUUUGUAUCGAUCACACAAUUAAAAGUUUAUCUGCUGUGGUUCAAUUUUUUCUUAUCUUAAUAAUUUUAAAACUUAAUUGAUUUUUAUUGUCAUUUGUUUUAAUGAAUACUAGAGAAAAGAAAAAGAGAAGUUUGACUGGUUUGAAAAACUUUUAGCUCUGAAUAAAAACUGAAUUACCCUGACUCAUAAAAAUGAGUUAAAUCAAUAAAUGUUUUUAUCUUAAAGAAAUUUCAAGGGAAGAACAGCCAAAUAAAAGUUGAUGAAUUUCUACAUUUUUUUUUUUCAGGCAUGCAGUAUUUUCAGCAUUCAUUUCUGACAUUCUUUGUCCUGAAAUGACGAAGCAGAUCGUCUGCUUUUUGCUACCAUCAAUAGCAGACCAAUCUGCAAGAUUCUGUUUUAGUCAAUUGUUAGAGACCCUCCUGAAAUUAUUGACAAAGGCUGAUGAAUCAGGGGGGGCCAACAGCAAGAUCGCCCCCACACCUUGGCUACUGUAUGGAGUAUUGGCAUUUGUUAAAACACAUUUAGGUUUGUUCACCUGACUGUUUACUGUGUUCAGUGAUAAAACCUGCAUAAAUGUAUAGUUUUAAAGUAUGAUUUAUCCAACCAUUUGUUGUUCUGUCUCCAGGAUCAACUUCAGCUUUGUCUUUAGUGAAAUGCUAUAUUCAAGUCUUAGAGAUCCUGAUAGUACAGCUCCCUCAUCCAGGUAAACAACUUUCACUGCAACAUCAAUUGACAAAAACUGUUAGAAUUCAUUCAAUAUUUCCCUUUAAUUUUAAUUUGAUAAUCCCAUUGGGGUUUGGAAAAACAAUAUUGCUAAUUUGCUCAAACAAGAAAUUUUAUUACAGUUGUAUAUUGUUCUAGAAAAACAGAUCAUUCAUCCAGAGCUAUAUGUUGCAUUAAAAUAAUAUGGCUUGCAUGUAAUUACAUGUUUCGUCUUUGAAUUUUCCAGUUUCUAGGGGGUCAGAUGAUGAAAGUGACAGCAAUUCUGAAAUGGAGACAGAUUCCUCACAGGCAAGUAAAAGUUCCUAAUUGCAUUUCUAUGCAAUAUAAAUGGGGUACUACUCUGGAUUUGACCUGUUUUUACUAACUCUUUUGCUCUUUGCAUUUACUGACUGUUAAUUUAAAAAGAUGGAAUUAAUGUUGUUGUAUGUCACAGUUAUCUUUAGAAGACCUUAAAGAAAAAUGUUUGGAUAUCCUUAAUUCUGAUGAUCAUGUUAAGACUUUGGAAUCACUGUUUGCAAGGUAUGCCAAUGUAAUGAAGUCAUUUUAACCUGUUUUUUCCACAAGAAAGUUUUCAAUUUCAAAAUUUUCAAUUUAAAGAGGUGAUGAAAGCUUUAAAAAAUAACUAAAUAAUGAUUUGAUAUUUUCAUUUGUUGCUAGACACAAAAAAAAGGAUUAUGAGAAAGGAGUUAUCAGAGCACUUUGUAGUAUUUGUCAUUUCUUGGGAAGACUGCCGAGACACAGGGCAAGGUCUGUAGUUUGAGAUAAAAGUCAACAAAACUUUUAGCUUCUAAUGAAUAUUGUUGGAGAUGUUGUGGCAUCAAGGUGGGCAUAACAGGCUCAACAUUCAAGCCCCAGGUGUAUCAUUAUAUUGUGUUAUUGGUCUGAGUACAAAUCUUUUGAUAGUGCCAAUCUCCAUCAGGGGGUAGGAAUGUGUGCUAGUGAACUGUAGGAAAGAUUCUAGAGAAUAGGAGAGUAAGCUACAGCGAGCUUCUUGUCAGGGUCAUGGAAGAAUAUCAGUAUUCAGACUCAAACAUGCUAUAAAACCAAAGACAACCCCUGGUAUUGCAGGCCACUUAAUGUAUGUGAAGAAUUACACACUGUAGCUUGCUAACAAAUAAUGGGCAUUUGUUAUAAAUUAGUGUGGUUUUGUUUUCAGUUACAUAUCAUAGACUUUAUUCAAUGCAUUUGUCAGCAUGCAACUAGUGUAAUUUUCCUGUUGUUUUCUUCAUAUACUAGGCUUUUACACACACUGGCACAGAAACAAACAAUUGUAAAAGAACUCUGGACCUAUGUACAGUCAGUCACAGUGUUUACUAAUACAGGGUAAGUUGAAAUGUUAAAGCAGUGCAAUGAUCUGUUUAAAUGGUGAACUGAAUUCUUUUUCUUAGAAUAUUUUUCAUGAAAGCUUCUUUUGUGCUUAAGCCUUGCAUGGCCUAAUAAGAUGUAUUUGUGCUCUUCAGCUGUGUACUUGUGAUAGGACCCAAAUUUAUUACUUAAAAGCAAAAUACAACCAGAGUGGAAGUUUGUUUGCAUAAAAUUCUAUUUUGACAUACAUUCUAGAAGAUGUGUUACUUUUUGCUUACAUGUACAUGUGAAAUUUUAAUCUAAAUCUGAUGUUUCUUUGUUUUUUUGUAAUUUUUUUAAAUUUUGAUUUUUUGUUUUCAAACAGGAAAGAAACCCUCUUGUUAGAUCUAAUAUGUUGUGGAAUAGAUCUUUCAACACAAGAAGCCAGUGCUGUUACUCUAAUGUUAUCUUUGAUGUCAAUACUACUGAGCAAUGGUUUGUUUUCUGUUCAUGAUAAUGACAAUGAAUUUUAUGAAGUAGAAGGUUAGCUGUAAAACAUAUACCAAACGUUUUCAAGCUCUCCUCACCUAAACUUGUCAUAUUUUGUAGGUCAAAGAGACUCGUCUAUGAUAUUUUCUGACAAAGAAAUGAAGCACAUGUCUUCAGUCUUGUGCGAUGUUGUGAAAGGAAUAAUAAAGAUUAUUUACCCAUACGGUAGCCAAGCAUUUACAAGGCAACGCCUUGCUGCUCUGAAGAGUGUCGGAGCUAAGUCAGCCCUGAUGAAAAAAGAUGAGUUCUAUCCCAAAGAAAAGUGGAUCAAGCUUCUUAAGGUUGGUCUAUAAUGAUAGAGUAGACUCGUGCACUUCUGACAAGGAUUGCAGCGUUUCUCCAGCAUUCUGCUAAAUUUUCUCAAGAAUGUGUUGCAUUAUAAUGCAUUGCUGGCAAUAUUAGACUAAGUGAGGGGGCAUUGGAACUUUCGGGUUUGCGGUUUUGGCUAUUUUCUAGAUCGGUUUUUCGGGUUUAUGCCAAAAAAACUUUGCGGUUUUGGUGUUCAUUGCGGUUUCCGAAUUGUCCGUUCUUUAGCAUUUGGUUAUCGGCUUCCUUAAGAAAUACCAAUGGUAUUUCGGAUUUGGUAUCCGAUGUGGUUUUCGGUUUUUCCUAUUUGUGUUUCGGUUCCUCUUCAAUCUGAGCAGCAUUUUUGGGUGAUUUUGUGUACGGUCUUCCGGUUUCUUAUAGACCUCAAUAUCCCCCUCCUAAGUGUAAUGUUAAUUUGCUAGUAAAUCAGUAUUUCUGAUGGUAAAUUGGACAUGCAUUAGUCUUGAGAUUGUGAUCUUGGACUUGUAGUCUGUGUUGAGCCCAGGCGAGUGUAAUGAUCUCUAUAAUGCAAAACAAGACAAGACAACACAGACAGAGUGCCUGUUACUAACCAGUAUAUUGAUAUGUUCACUACGGGUACUUUGUAAUUUAACGUCCUUCUUCAAUGACCAGCUGAAAACAUUUUAUACACGUAGAUGUAUGCCGAGUGAACUGCGAAGCUAUAACGCACAUUUAAGUAAAAUUCCUUAAUUUGCUGCUUAUGAUUGUACUGUACUUUGCAAAAAAGUUUUUUUCCUCCCUCACUAGGACGUGUCCUGCCUUGUUCGGCGACUCCAUUCAAGAGACUCCAGGAGACAGCUCUGUUCUGAAGGCCACUGGCUGUCACACGAAGUUAACAUAGACCCAGCACAGGUAGACAGGAUUCUUAUUUUUUUUCGGACGCUCGAUUGUUUAAAAAAAUUUGAACAUUCAAAAUGAAUUUUAGGCCCCAAGUUCUAAUGUUUCAGUUUGUCGUCUCGUAGCAAUGUUGUAAUUAUAUUUUCACAACCUUUAGACAGCUUCGCUUCCCAAUUCUUUGUACUUGGUUUUGACUGAUUUCAAAGGAAUUGUUCAAUAGUUGGAAAACUUUGUAAGAUGACCAUUUUUAUGUACAGUAAUCACAGAAAAAAUUAUGUUUCUAAACAAUUAAGAAGUACAAGUAAAGCCCAUCUUGACUCGAGAUCGUUUUCUCGUGCCGGCUUCUUGUUCUGUAAUUGGCUCAUUUGGUCAUUUUCUUGUAUCCAUAAGGAUUUCCUGAUUUGAAGGUUGAGAUUCUCAAAAGUUUGAAGAUUUUAAACCGUGUAACGUGAUAUUAUUCGUUUUUAUCCUUUGAACAGAUGAGAAUUGACGGUUUUCUCAAUGAAGGUAAUUUACGAUUCUUUGUUUACCUUUGAGAAAGGUAGACGUCUGAUUAAAUAUUUGAGCUAAGAGAUGCAUAUAUAGGUAAAUCGUCGAGGGCACAAAUCCCAUUUUUAAAUGCCAAGCUUCGCAGUUGAAAUGAGCUGAAGAGAAGGUUUGUUGACAGACUUAGCGAACAAGCAGGGAAAUUUCCAGAAACAUUAUGCUCGCUCAGAUGGCCUUCUUCGCAGCCGUUCUAUUGAAUUUCAGGCAACGCCCUGUCGUAAAGAACAACUGCGAGGAAAUCAAUGGUCCUCUAGUUGUUGUGUAUUAUCGUUUAAGGGAUAGAUGUUAUCCGUGUCAUUUCGUCUGUCUCUUUUACAUGUAAUUAUUCACCUUUUAUUCAUGUUUGCUUCAAGGUACCGUAGAAGGGGUUUUAGAACCAGGGUUAUCUACCAGCACAGCAAGGAACAUGGCCAUUCUUCAAUACAUUCCGUUUGUUGUUCCUUUUCCAGACCGAGAGAAGGUGAGGUUGCUUUUGUAAACGAUUUUAAGAGAGAUAGAGUCAGAAAUUUAUAUGAGAUUGCACUUGUUUGGACUUUUCUAAGCUUUAUGAUUGGUCCAUAAAACUUGCGCAACCAAUCAGAUACAAAACCAAAGUUAAUGGCGACUUGCAUUUUCCCGCCAUUUACUUUGACAGGUACCUUCGAUCUGAUUGGCUCAUAAUUGUGAUCAAUGUGAAUUUUGAUUUAUGGUACUUCAUGGCGAAGGGUGCUAAAAUAUGUAGAAUGGAGGGUUGCUAAGGUCUGCUCACAUCUAGCGUGUUUUGUUUCUUAGUUGCUCCAAAGAAUCGUGGCGAAAAGUCGUUUGGAUUCCCAGGGAGAGCCGCAUAACUUUAUGAUGGGACCAGCCAUAGAUGUGACAGUGAACAGAACCUACAUCUAUCAACAUGCUUUUGAUCAGCUGACCAAAGACAAAGGUCGGUAGAGAUAAUCAGCCAAACGUUUUAACUUAGAGAAAUAUGUAAGCUUUAGUCACGAACGUGACACAUUUAAAAAGUGUGAAUUCCCAGAAUUAAACGAACAUCAGAUGUAAUGAUUUCGUAGAUGUUCUACCACUAAGCUUCAGGGAACUAGUUGGCGAGCCAGGUUAUAUACCAGGUUCAUAAUUAUGUGACAAGUGUCCUGUCGACUGAUGGUGAAUGUUAAGUGUACAGCGAAUAACAGAUAUAUGUCAAAUAUUUGUCGUCUGUGGAGGCUAGCAUCUAAUUUACUGAAACAACACAUUAUAGUUUGUGGCUACUUUUCCUCUAACAGCCCCAAAUUUGCGACAAAAGCUUCGCGUUCGGAUGAUUAAUGCUCAAGGACUGGAGGAAGCAGGAGUGGACGGAGGGGGAAUUUCCAGGUGA